ACCCUGGGCUGGGAGUCGGAGAGCCGUGAGCGCUGCUCGGAACUGCCUGGAAACUUCAGUGGGGCGACAACUUUACCAGUUUCAGUCCAGGAACUUUUCUUUGCAAGAGAGACGGGGUGCAAGUGGCCCCGGUUAAGUUCUCUGUCUUCCCUUCCUUCUCCUCCUCUCCGAUUCGCCUUCCCCGGGUUUGGAGCGGGCAGCUGAGCAGCGGCCACCCAGCCAGUGCCUCUGCUAAGUGUCCACCGCUGCCGCCCGGUGACUCUCCAACUUCCCCGGGAGCCGCUCGCUCGGCGUCCGCGUCCGGGCAGCAGAGGAAGAGGAGCCCCAGCCGCCGCGGCUUCUCGCCUUUCCCAGCCUCCCGUCCCCUGCCCCGGGCUCGCGUAUGAAUCUCCUGGACCCCUUCAUGAAGAUGACCGACGAGCAGGAGAAGGGCCUGUCCGGAGCCCCCAGCCCCACCAUGUCCGAGGACUCGGCUGGCUCGCCCUGCCCCUCGGGCUCGGGCUCCGACACGGAGAACACGCGGCCCCAGGAGAAUACGUUCCCCAAGGGCGAGCCGGAUCUGAAGAAGGAGAGCGAAGAAGACAAGUUUCCCGUGUGCAUCCGCGAGGCGGUCAGCCAGGUGCUGAAGGGCUACGACUGGACGCUGGUGCCCAUGCCGGUGCGCGUCAACGGCUCCAGCAAGAACAAGCCACAUGUCAAGCGGCCCAUGAAUGCCUUCAUGGUGUGGGCUCAGGCUGCGCGCAGGAAGCUGGCGGACCAGUACCCGCAUCUGCACAACGCGGAGCUCAGCAAGACACUGGGCAAACUCUGGAGACUGCUGAACGAGAGCGAGAAGAGACCCUUCGUGGAGGAGGCGGAGCGGCUGCGCGUACAGCACAAGAAAGACCACCCGGAUUACAAGUACCAGCCACGGCGGAGGAAGUCCGUGAAGAACGGGCAGGCAGAAGCCGAGGAGGCCACGGAACAGACUCACAUCUCUCCUAACGCCAUCUUCAAGGCGCUGCAAGCCGACUCCCCGCACUCCUCCUCCGGGAUGAGCGAGGUGCACUCCCCGGGAGAGCACUCCGGGCAAUCUCAGGGUCCGCCGACCCCACCCACCACUCCCAAAACCGACGUGCAAGCUGGCAAAGUUGACCUGAAGCGAGAGGGGCGCCCUCUGGCAGAGGGGGGCAGACAGCCCCCCAUCGACUUCCGCGACGUGGACAUCGGUGAGCUGAGCAGCGACGUCAUCUCCAACAUCGAGACCUUUGACGUCAAUGAGUUUGACCAAUACUUGCCACCCAACGGCCACCCAGGGGUGCCGGCCACCCACGGCCAGGUCACCUACACGGGCAGCUACGGCAUAAGCAGCACCGCAGCCAGCCCCGCGACCGCGGGCCACGUGUGGAUGUCGAAGCAGCAGGCGCCGCCCCCUCCCCCGCAGCAGCCCCCGCAGGCCCCGCAAGCCCCGCAGGCGCCUCCGCAGCAGCAAGCACCUCCGCAGCCGCAGCAGGCACCCCAGCAGCAGCAGGCACACACGCUCACCACACUGAGCAGCGAGCCGGGCCAGUCGCAGAGAACACACAUCAAGACGGAGCAGCUGAGCCCCAGCCACUACAGCGAGCAGCAGCAGCACUCCCCGCAGCAGAUCGCCUACAGUCCCUUCAACCUUCCGCACUACAGCCCCUCCUACCCGCCCAUCACGCGCUCGCAGUACGACUACACAGACCACCAGAACUCCGGCUCCUACUACAGCCACGCAGCGGGCCAGGGCUCGGGGCUCUACUCCACGUUCACCUACAUGAACCCGGCGCAGCGCCCCAUGUACACCCCCAUCGCUGACACCUCCGGAGUCCCUUCCAUCCCGCAAACCCACAGCCCGCAGCAUUGGGAACAACCGGUCUACACACAGCUCACCAGACCCUGAGGAGCCCUUGAAGAGGGAUGGAGAUGGAGCUGAUCGUUAAAAAAGAAACAGCCGAAGAAAUCAAGAACCAAUUGAAAUUCCUUUGGACACUUUUUUUUUUUUUGUCGUUGUCCUUAUUUCUUAAAGACAUGUAAGCGAAGGUAAAUAGUGCUGAGAUUUCAGGCGAGAGACAUUAAGACAUUGCUGAGCACAUGCCAACCUAUUGCAAAUGGCCAGGCCACUCGUGGCCAGAUGGACCCUCCUGAAUCAUCGAGGAAGGACUUGGUUCCUUCAGGGUCAGCGUGGUGGACGAUUGGAGAAUCUCCCUGCCUGUUUGGACUCUGUAAUUAUUUUUUAGCCGUAAUUAAAGAAAAAAAGUCCUCUGUGAGGAAUGUUCUCUAUUUUAAAUACUUUUAGUAUGUACUGUGUAUGAUUCAUUACCAUUUUGAGGGGAUUUAUACAUAUUUUAGAUAAAAAAUUAAAUGCUCUUAUUUUUCCAACAGCUUAACUUACUCGUAGUUCAACAGUGUCCCCUAGCCUUCCUUGCAACCAGCAUAUUUGUGUACAGAUUUGCUUUCUCUAAACAAACAAAAAACAAAAAAAAACAGAAAAAAGAAAAAGAAAAAAGUGUGUUGUUAUAGUAACAUAAAAAAUACACAGAAUUUUGUUACAUCAUCAGUUCUUUUGGGGGGGUGAACUUUGGUUAAGUCUCCAGGCUCUGGGACUUCAGGAGCAGCUGCCUUAAAGAAAGGAAGAGAGAGAGAGAGAAAGAAAGAAAGGAAAGCCUUAUUUUGCAAUAAGGAGAAUAAACAGUAUAGAGAUCAUUGGUGAGCUUUUAUCAUAUAUAUAUUUUUUAAACAAGGAGAAAAACACCUUGAGCCUUAAAACCCCCGCUGCUGGGAAAAUACAAAUGCUGUUCCUAGAACAUUCACUGUGCCUUUGCUUGCAGGCUGUAGCCUCAGGAGGAAAGCCAACAGCAAGCGAAGGAGACCAAUUUUUCUUGGGGAAGAUUUUUUUCAAGCCGCCCUUAAGUGCCCAAGCACAUUGCCCCGGGUUGCCUGCCUGGGUCCCAUGUGCACAGCAGAUGCUGGAACGUGCCUGCUCAGACUGUCACCUGUGCCUCCCUGAACACCAGCGUUUAACCUUCAAGACAUUCCACGUGCUAAAAUUAUUUAUUUUGUAAGGAGGAGUUUUCAUUUAAGAAAAAAAAAACUCCUUCCUUUUUUUUUUUUUUUUUCAUUUUACUGUCUUUAAGGUAGAUUGUUGGCACCUUCCUCAAAGGGUAUGGUCAUCUGUUAAAUUAUGUUCUUAACUGUAACCAUUUUUUUAAUUUAUCUUUAAUCUUUUUUAUUAUUAAAAACCAGUCUCUUCGAAUUCUUCAUUCUAGAUUUGUACAAAUGCUUUUUGUCCGUCUUGUGUUUUUUUUUUCCUUUGUUGUUUUUAUUGUUGAUAACAAACUGGAAGCCUGUUUCUCUCUGCCUUGUACAAAUGAGAGGCUACAAAUGCAGUAGGUACGUCACUGAGUCAUUUGCAGUGUUUUCUGCCACAGGCCUUCGGGCUGCCUGGACUGUAUGUGGAAGUGUUCACGUGUUGUGACAAUGAACAGGGCGAGCCCCUGCAAGCAUGUGUCAUGGGUAGCCCCUGCCUACUCUCCUGCAGAGAGACAUCCAUCGGACAGACCUUAAUUCUUACUGCUGUGGCUGGAGAGUAUGAGGAUUGCUGUUUUUAAACAAUAGCAGACUUUUUUUUAAUUUAAAAAAAAAGAUAUAUUAACAGUUUUAGAAGUCAGUAGAAUAAAACCUUAAAGCAUUCUUAUAAUAUGGCAUCUUUUGAUUUCUGUAUAAAAACGGGCCUUUUAAAAAGUAUUUCUGUAACUUAAGAAACCUGACAUUUAAGUCAUAUUUUCUCUGUAGGUAAGGUUUGGUUUGUGUUUGUGUUUUGUUUGUUUCUCCUUCCAAACUUUCUGUUCUCUGUGGAACUCACCUUCCUUUCCAUUUUGUAUAUUGUUGUUUACAAUAAAUAUACAUUGCAUUAAAGUGAAAA